AUGACAACCCAACUUCAUAUCGUGAGAAACUUUACAAGAGCUGUAAAAACAAAUGCACUUAAUAAUAAUAAGGUAACUUUAGGUCUGUUCAUUGACCCAUUUAAGGCCUUUGAUGCAUCAAAUCAUGAAAUUUUGCCCGACAAAUUAGAACAUUAUAGGGUAGGUGGCAUUACUUUACAAUGGUUUAAAAGUUGUCUUUUUUGUCGAAAACAAUUUGUGCAAUAUAAUGGUUACAAUUCUUCAUUGUUUGAUAUUACAUGUGGAGUCCCUCAGGGCUCUAUCUUAGGUCCCUUGUUAUUCGUAGUAUAUAUUAAUGAUCUAAGUAAUUUUUCAAGGGUCUUAGAGCCGAUAUUUUUUGCUGAUGACACUAAUAUCUUUUAUUCGCAUACUGAUGCUUCGUAUCUCAUGGAAGUUGUAAAUUUAGAAUUGAAAAAGAUAACAUGUUGGUUUUAUACAAAUAAGCUAUCUAUUAAUGUUAAGAAUAUUCAGACCAAGACAAAACAGGCAAAGACUUGAUCUAGCUUUUAAUAUUAGUAACUUUUCGAUUGAUCGUGUUUAGGAAGUUACUUUUCUUGGCGCAAUUUAACAUGGAAAUCAAAUAUACAAGGAAAGUGUCUAAAGCCGUAGGUAUAUAUAUAUUAUAAAUCAAGUUUUUGCCUUAAUAAUUCCUGCUUGCGGACACUACAUUAUAGCCCUAACUUCCCAUACUUAUUCUACUGCGUGAGCGUCUGGGCAUCGAGCUACCCAUCAAACCUCAGAAGAUUAAUUACACUUCAAAAACGGGUUAAAAGAAGAGGCCUUUCAAUGGGUAAUUUCUGUUCUUAAGAUCUUGUAGAUUGGAGCUUGGCGUCUGCGAGCGGACCAGAGUCUAGGUCUGUUUUCCCGUGACUGCGAAAUCAGAAUGACAUCAAGAGAUAAUUCUCGCUCGAAUCGUCGUAAAGAAAUCAGCUUUACAGUGUCUUACUCAGAUAAAAAGUGCGCCUGUGCCAAGCUUAGAGAUAGUAGUCAAAGCAAAAGAAAACACCCCUCUCUCCACAUCCCCUGCAGGUUUUUUGCAUAGCUUUUUACUGUGCGAGCAGUAAAAAGGAAAAUUAAAUCCUUAGUUGUUGCAAGGAUGAAGUUAACAACAAAAGAAAUUUAACGUAGUUUGGGAUUCAAAUAUACGAAUUAACGAAAAAAAACUUUUGGUGUAAAAAUAGAAGUCUAUCGCAUUUGCGAAAUGUUUAUACUGCAUGGAAGAUCACUAAUGGAAUACAAUAGCAGAGGUAUCCCGACUGUAAUUUUCCAUGCAAUGCACCUUAUGACAAGAGUGUGACUAGUCCAUUGAUAGCCCAUACCUUAAAGCCCCUCAAAAUUUAAUUUACUGCUUUUCGUGCAUCGAUGUGCAAAUGUCGCAAAUGUAUCUUUUGAACACUCCGGGGGUAAAAUCAGAGGAACCGAAUAUUCCCACUGUACCAUUUUUAAAAGUGGAACAGCAGGUUUGCUAACCAUCUUAGUUAACCACUUUUAAAAUAGGAAAAUAAAAGAACAAGUAGUCAUACAUACAGGAAAAUAAAUUUGCUAUAUCCCGGGAGCUUUGGUUUCCCGCGCACUUAUUUUUCGCAGGAGAUCAUUGGUAAUUCGGUGGUAACGCAAUCGGAGGUAUCAUACUUUACCGGGUUUCUUUACUCACCGUCGCCGCUCAGCAAUACACUGCGUGCUGCAAAGGUUCCAAAUUGCGCUAGAAUGUUUUCCUACUCGGCGCACUUUUUAUCUCAGGUAAGGCACGCACUAUAAAGCUGAUUCAUUACGACGAUUCGAGCGAGAAUUAUUUCUUGAUGUUAUUCUGACUUCGGAGUCACUUGACGUAGACGCCAUGUUCCAAUCUAGAAGAUCUCAAGAACAGAAAUUACCCAUUGAACGGCCUCUCCUUUUGAAGAUUGGUUGAAUUUCAUUAAAACUUGUACAUAUAAAAAGAAUCUUGUUCCUCUCGAAGCGAGUUUAUAAUCUCGUCGCGCGCGAAGCGCGCGCCCAGUGCAUGAACCGCGUGUUGGUCUUAGUGAGCAAACUUGCAGCUCUCAUCUUUACUUGUAUAUAUCCGAUGGUGUCCGCUAUGACGUCAUACAGUAGUUUGAUGUCACGGCGCAUUUUUGUUUCUAGGCAACAUUCGACCGAAAGCGAUUUCGAAUUCCCAUCAAUGACCAAAGUAUUCAUGAAGAGCUGUCUUUCAUCGUCUGCAAAACAAUGUUUACUAUUGGUGAAUCUCAAGCCAUUUCUCAUGAAAACAGAACAGCAAACACAAGAACGCCGAAUUGUCAAUCCUCGCAGGGGAAGAUUUGACACCGAAAAAUCCUCUGGAGCGAGAACGCCCACUUGAAAUUCAGCGGCCCAAGCAACAAAGAUGGAGACGGCAUCAACAAACAGCGGAGCAGAGGGAACUUCACUCAAUGAAUUUCGAAUGCUAAAGUACUUUAAGAGCAAAUGGAAGCGAUUUCGUAUAAUUAGCCUUAACAUAUGAGCGAACAUCGCGGUAACCAAACACGUUUUGCUCGCAGACGAGUUUAUGCCCUAUCGGCCUAGACUGUUGGGCUACCAUUCUUUACACGUAAAUGCGAUGAAAUGCAGCUACGUUGGAUUUUCACUGUCGAAACUGCAGUCAUUCUUCUGAAAAAUAUCUUUGAAUUCACGUUUAAUAAGGCUCAAAGCUUUUAAUAAUAAAAUUUCAACGGUAGUGGUAAACCUUUGGCCCGGUGUGUCGGAGGUCUCGAGUUCGAUUCCGGACAUAAACUUUUCCUCUCCGCUUGUUUUUUUUUCGUCUUUCUUUUUCUUUUUCCUUUCCUUUAGUUUACAUUUUAGGUAUAACAGUUUUGUUAUGCUUCUAAUAUAUAGCUUACAAUUUUUAGUCUUACAAAUUUUCUUCUCGGCUUUACUUGCCGUUGCCCCGAAGUCCUUCGCGAGGUCCUGCGAUUUACGUAUUUCUAGACAGUUUUUCUUUUUAACGGGCUCAAAUCGACGCGUAAAACUAAGGUGACGUACACGCGUCAAUUGACCCUGGAGUCAAUUAGCAGUUGUUGGGAGCAAAAUAACAUCAAAAUAAUCAAUCUAUUUUAGAAGCGUUCGUAAGAAUACCAGACUAACUUUCAGAUAAUGUUGAACUACUAUAUCUAUAUGGGGAGUAACCGGGAUUUAGGGUGAUUUGGCGAAUUCCCUCAUAUGGAAGAUUCGAUUUUGGUUUUAGCGGGAAAUUGUUUUUUUUUUUAGCAUUAUGCAAAUUACGUAUCAAAAUUGUGCUUGUUUGCUGAUAUUUUAUUCUCUAAAUCUAAAAAAUAUGCCGUUUAGAAAUUGCUAGAUAUCUGUUUUGUAAAAUUUAAGUGAAAGAUUGCCAAUAUAUUCGCUUGUAUAUGAAAGGCAGCUGAAUUCCUACAUUGGCCUAUUUUCCCCUAUUUGGCGACUAAUUUUAGACCCGCAGACCAUUGAAAUCGAAAAUCUCAAAUGAUUCUUAAACUCGGCCGCAUUUUGAAAUUUUUUCUUCAGUAGUGUUAUAAACUCAUUAAAACCUUAUUAUAAACCGGUUUUUCUUACCACCUAAACCUGACUUUGAUCUUGGAGUAUUUGAUGGUGUCUUAAGUGGUGAAUGACACCCUUGUGGCUAACUAGAGGACUUGUUCAUGGAGUAGACUUCAUGGAAGAACUUCCAGGAACCCCCCUGUACAUUUUCACUAGAUCGCUUUCUGGGGCUCUUCUGAUAUCCAAAAUCUGCCAAUCGAACCAUAGUUAAUUAAAGUGGAAUGGUUGGGAAACCCUUUGUUAUAGGUUUUUGUUCGCUUUUUUUGACCUGACCUUGCACAACGUUCAGUACCAUUCCUAUUAAUUUGAACUUACUGACCAAUAGAAACAUUGCAUUAAUUUAUUGUCGCAAUUUGUGAACAAAAAGCAAAGGAUUGUGCACAUUAAACCAAAAGAAGGACAUGUAAAUUAUUCGUUAGAGAGAAAAUCCUUGCAUUGAUAAAUAGUAAUUGACUUACGGGUUUUUUAUUAUUUUAAGUUCACACGCUAAACAAACCUUAAGCAUAAGUAGGUAAGACCUGAGGGAGGGUUAAUUUAUCCAUUAUAGUCAAUACUUUCAGUUGAAGCUGCCAGCAGGGUAAGCCUAACUGAAAAAACCAGCGCUGGAAAAACUAAUGACAAACCACUUAACUUGAAUACAGAAAUGGAAAGUCAUGCAAGCCGUGCUCUUCGUCCGCACUUUCUGCCCAUUGGUUACUGCUAAAAUAAAUGCACAUUUGUAAGCGUAAUUUUGUUCCCUCUAAAAUCUUUUCAUACGAUGGCCACUGAAUACCACUGUAAAUGAGAACUGAGCAAGCCUAAUUCCAGCUUUGAUUAGCUAGCUUCAAUAAAAAAUCAGUACUCACCUCUCCCCGUUCCUUAAUUUUAUCAGAGGACUCGUGAAGGGCAACAGACCCCAAUUCAGUUGUAUUACAGCUCUCGAUGGGAACACGAGCGUCGUGAACAUCAGAGGUCUGAAAAGGAAAAUGGAAAACCAUUCAUCAGUAUGGCAAAAACGUACAAGUGUUUUAUUUCUACAUGUAAUAGUUUAAACACUCAACGACAAAAAUGGCAACUAAUUGAGCCUAGUUAAAAAAUCCAUUUCUAUAGAAAAAAAGGAAAGAAAGUCGCCAUUGUCAUGCCUUGUAAUCCGGCCAACGGUUCCCUUACACCUCUACCAAAGGGUUCACCCCACCCUACCCCCUCACCCAACCUUGCGUUUCGGCGGGAAAAAACUGUAUUUAUUUCAAGCUUUUUAUGACAGGGAAUGGAAUACAAAACACUUAAAAACUGGCAAUGUAUGCAGCAAAAACUGAUAGUAUUUUCCCCCUAGUAAUACUGUAAAGCAGAUAAAUGAGGAACAGCAAAUACUUACCAUUUUAGUUUCCUUUGUCCAUGCCGAGAUGAACCUCUUACAGGUUUUUAGAAUUAGGUUCGAAGAAACCCUUUCCAUCCACUCCGUUUUCUUUGAAAUGUUCAUAGGACAAGAAAUGGAUUAGAAGACCACAUUCUAUCUCAGAUUUUGUUUGAUCACGCAUGUUUACUCAGGCCAUCACUUACUUUCAAAUACGCCGAUUACAGACUCUUAGAACUUGAUUUCCUUAAGGAACUGGAUACCUUCAUCUGCCAUAUAUGACGUCGAAUAUAUCACCAAAGACUUGAAAACAAAAGAGCAAAGAUUGCAAAUAGCGGCCAACAACUGAUAACAACUCAGCAGUGUCGAAUUUACCAGGGACACCCAAGGAAUGUUUUCUCCUAUUCCAUUGAAAUGAAAUAUUUGCAUGCGAAUAGGAAUUUUAUGCCUUCCACUUGGCCACACUGCUUGUAUGUCAUGGUUUUUGCAUAUUGUUUAGUAUUGCGUGACAACAUCCGGGCAUUAUAGGGGGUUAGGGUUUAUGCAAUCGGUAGUACCCCCCUUUGAGAACCCAAGACACGUGAGUUCCGUAAGCGUGGGUAUUCACUUCAGCUACUCUUUGAGUCAAGAAGUGUUUUAAUUAUGCCUUACCUCUCCUAUUCCAUUGAAAACACUUUUUAGGGUACCCAGAGUACUUUUAGAUCUCUAGAAAUGCAUUCUAAGCAAAAUUUGUAUCUGUUCGGUCAUCGUAGGGCAACUUGUUGAGUCUUUCGAAACUAUAAGGGCUUUAGUAUUAUUUUCCCGAAAAUUUUAGAUGCAUUUUAACGUAUUACGAAAGUGGGAAUUGUACUGAUUCCUCUCUUCAUCACAUUUUUGAAUCCGAAAAUGUUAGGUUUCCUUUUUUCUACCAAAAAUAGCCUAACCUGGGGACUGAAAUGUAAGAAAUCAAAUCUUAGAAAAUCAUAAGGAAUUUAUUAGAUGAGCUUCGAAAAUUUUACAGGAAUGGAAUGGUAAUCUGGAAAUUUUUAGCCGUCCUCAAGCAGAAGAAAAUUUUCGGCAUCAUCUGCUUCUCCGAACAGAUCAGUAUUUUACAGAAAACAGUCGUUCGAGCACAAAAGUUUCUUUGACCGAUUUGAAUGACGUGGCCAAAUGGCAAUCAAUGCUCCUAUAAUAUGAGUUUCAUCAGUUCAUCUUUCAAAAAUAUGCGAAGAGUCACUGAUUAAUACGGAAUGCAUUGUUAAAAGUCAAGAACAAAGCUCACUGACUGCUUGAUGUAUCAGUGAUAUGUUGUACUGUAGAAGUUAAAUUCAUGAAUAGAUUUAAAGAAAACUGCCGUCUUUUACCUUUUUAUGGACCGAACUGAACUUGUUUGAGUCACUGAUUCAGCCAUUUUUGGAAAUGAAUUAGAUUUUUAAAAUAGCGUCGAAUCUGACCUUUGUUUUCAUGUCAGUUGUCACUGACAAUUAAACGUUGCGGUUUUAGGAAGCAUCAAGGCAUGGUAAGUGAAGGUCAAAUCAUGCACUGCCCUGUUGGCGGGUAUAACACGCAACCAAAAAAUGCGCGGGAACAAUUUGCUUUGAGUAUUGCAGAGUUGAGGUUGCCAUUGACCAACACCUUAUGACUUGUCGGUGAAUGAUCAUGGGAAUGGCUUUAUCAAUCAAUCAGUCAAUUACUGAAUCAAAACCUUUAUUUAAACACGAUGAGGGUUAAAACUUGGUAGCUUGAGGGUCGUCUGGGAUCAAACCCUUAAAAGUUAAUAUUACUAAUGAUCGACUUGUUUAGAAACGACUUGACAUAAGGCCUGAUUAUCUACUUUCCUGAGCAAUGAGGAGAAUAAACCCCAAGAGAAGCGAUCACUCUUAUCCUGAGAAAACAGCCGACUUUUAGUGGGAGUGGUGGUGUCGCGAAAUGUCGGCUGUUUUCUCAAGCUUAGUCACUCUUAGCUUUAUACUUUUUAAAGACGAUAUUGCGGAGCAUCAUAUAAUAGUAACAUUUUUUUAAACUGAUAUCUUGGGUAGAAACCAACUUUUCAUCAGGGUCAUUUUGAGCUAUCAUACAUUAACUAAAACGUUGGUUUAAAACAACUAUGCAACCAUGGUUAUUCAGACCAUUUUCGGGGGUUGACAUUUUCACCUCAUUAGCAUGGUUAAAACAGCUAUUGUGAUUAGCCACGACUAUUUGAAUUAGUUGUUUAAACCGGUCAGUUGUUACACUGUAUUUAAGAAAUCAGCUACUCCAUCAAUCGAGGAAAUCAAAAACAACGUUUUUAGUGAAAUAACUGUUCUUUUGAAACUCCCUUGACACUUAUUUGGGCAAGUGUGUGUGUAUUCGGGCAUGAAGAUUGAUGUAUGUCAGUAAUUUUUCUUUUGGGUAGUAAAUCAUUCCGUAUGACAGGACGCAAACAAGUUCAUGCAUGCAGGUUGAAUUGGACAUUUUUUUUUACAAAGCCAAAAGGAAAUGGCGGCUGAGAUACGAAAGCUUUCUGCCGUUCUUUUUUUCGUAGCCUGUGCCAUCUUUGUGCCCCAUGGGAACGGUAGAAAUUUAUUAGAUCCAACCUUAAUUGGGAGAGAGUUGCAGUCGUUUUCUAAUGAUGCUCUUGGAGUUGAUGACGUUCAAGUAAGACUACAUCUUUGCUAAUUUAAGCUUUGACUGAUCUUCAGCUACUUAAAUAUUCAAUAAUCAGUCUUCUCUCAGGUGUAUUACACAUCAUGAUUGCACAUAACCAAAGUUAAGCUCAGUUAAUUACUUGUGCAAAUCUGAAACUGGCUGACUAUACGUGGGAAGUUCAUUGGACAUUAAUUUUGCAACAUACCAACAGGGAAGCUCGAGAUUGAUUCCGCUUUGUCUUUUAGAGUUAAGCGUACGACACAAAUCGACACGGCACACCACCUUCAUACAGACUUAAACAUCAUAGUAUACGUCGCUUAGAAAGUGAAAAAUUCGGGUUCUUUUAAUCUCCUUCGCGAAUAUUUCAACUCACUUAUUAAUAAUACGUUUGUCAAAGGUAAGCGAACUCUCCUGGAUCCUGGAGUUGAAUUCGUUAGAACCAUAUCCAAGUUCAGAAGGAGAAAGAAAAUUUCUUCCUAAGCUUUUUUACGUCCUCUAUUAAAAGUGAAAUCAGUCAUUUUUACGUCGUAGCCGUGAAUUGACGGCAAAGGAAUGUAAAAGAAAAGUGUGCUGAACAGUCUGAGUUUUUGUUUUACCCAUUCCUUUCUCGAGGUCCUUGUUGUCGUCUUCGUUGUUGGAUUUUAAGGUCCCUUGUUACUGAAAACGGCGACUCCAGCACUGAAAAGCAAUGUCGGCGAAUAUAUAUAUCAUGUAUUUAUAUCAAAUCUCAGAUACACAACGGUCGACCUUAAAAACGUAUUGGGCUUUUAUCUACCUGGAACAAUAUCUGUUGGCGGAAUUCCUGAUAAACAAAUUUAGGUGAUCCAAGAGUCAUAAUAGCUCUAAUGGCUCUUGGGUGAUCUUUAAUUUUUUAAAUGCCUGACUAAAACCAUAUCAGUGUUGGAUCUUUUAAGAGCGGAUGUCAGUAAAUAUCGACCAGAGGUCUACAAAAGUGAAAAAUCGAAAAUUCUCCAAAAAAUUCACAAAGUAGCACUAGGUAAGCUAUUAACAUAAAUGUAAUUUUUACUUCGAUCUGAUAAUUAUUUUCCACGUACGGGGGGGUUAUUGGUUUCGCGGCUCUCGUGCCGAGUUUUCCAGGCCCGAGACCAUGUGUCACAAAAAAGUCGUUUUAAAAUUCAAAUCCAUGGUAAUGCGGACAACAAAUAAGUUAUUUAGAAGAGUACAUAAUUGCACACAUUUUAAGUGGUGAUUUACUCAGUUUGAACGAAAGUGUAAUAUUUUGGAGGUUUUUCAUUAUUUUCAAUAUUUUGAACGUUUUCGUUCAAUAAACAAUGGCAAAUUUCAAAGCCCCAAAUCGUCGACUGCUACCUCGAUUUCAGUAACGAGUCUUAUACCACGUUAAAGAGCGUUAUCUCUUCUUUCAAAAUCUGUUUUCAAAACUAUGGGCAACUGAAAGGAAAAUUUUUGAGGCCAAAAAAUACAAGUAGUACUUUUCUGAAAUUUGAGCUUUCCAGACUCGGCGGGCCGAUGCUAAAAACUCGGAAAAAUACAAUAAGAAAUCAGUUUGAACAACAGUGGUUUCAUGUUAUCAGCUUUCAGAAACCAAGACGUGUUUAUACAGCGAUCUGAUAUAAAUUAAUGCCGUUUGCUAUCAAGAAAGGCAGAUUUAAGCUGUCAACUCCUGCCAAGUGCACCAGUCACGUGAAGUUGUCAAAGAGGGCAAAGCACUAAUAUUAAAAAGUCUUAAAAUUCAAAACGUUUUACGUCCAAGAAAUCAGAUUUUAGCUUACAAAACAAUGUUGUGAGUGUCUGUUGUUCGUACCUUAGCAUGGUGUUUCCAUGUAUUGGAAAUGUCAGGUAUCCACACGGGAGAACAUACCAAACAACAACGUUUUAAAUUGCGUUACAUUUCACAGAGCGACCGCUUACCACUGUUGUCACUCCUUUAUUUAUUAUUAUUUAUCAUUAUUUUUGACCGACAAAAGCACCACACAUUGACGAAAUUGUGCCCUACUUCGUCUACUCCGAAGACAGGUCGUGGAGAAAACAACGCGUUCACGCUUUACAUCAUCGAGCUUGCUAUAUAAAUAAAUCAUCCAAGACUAGGUUCUCCAAUUAAUGUCGCAUGUAGCAUGUAUCCAGGGAUACUCUUCAUUUAUCAUCAGCCCACAUUUGACAACUUUAAAGUUUACAUGUUUCUGUUUCAUUACAUAGUCAUAUCGCACGUGCGAACCGUGCGUACAAGUAGCUACGCCCCUGUUUAGUCUCCUUAGCCCUGAGCGUUCCUCUCUUGCGGUUUUCGCAGGAGUUCAGGAUGUGGUCCACCCAGUAUUUCACGUCUCUAUUAAAUGACAGGCAGCACUUCUUGUUUACCGUUUCGUUAUCAGACAGCGCUUAGACUCUUAGGCUUUCCUUUGAUUUUGAUCAAAUUUUUAUCAUUUAGUUAGUCAGUAUACGUUCGAUCCUGUCCUUGUAAACUUACACUUUUAUACUUUAAGGGAGCCUAAUACCUAUAUUAAUUUUUUCUUCGUUUAUAGUGUUGUCCAACAGACCCAGUUUUUUGGAAUUUUUUUAAAAAAGCAAGAAAAAGAAAUGACAAGGUUUAUUUUUUUGGACUUAUAAAUUAAUUCUUUUAAUCUAAAAACUGAGCACUAUAACAGCAUUUCCCGGCAUAAAACGUUCGGUGGUGUAUCCUUUUUGCUUUUUACCCUUUUUUGGCCUUUUUUCAGAUGAAAUUGACCAUCACAUUUUCCGCCAUAUUGAGUUUGUGUCGAUUUGGUGACCAUGUCUUGUUGUUUUCAGGCUCCACGGCAAUGAUGCUGGUGUUCCAGGCCUCCUGUUCUCAGAUUUCUUGUGAUUUUUUUCACCCCACCGACCGACCCACCCAAAACCAGGAAACCUAUUCGACGCUAAACGAACGAAAAGGGGAUGACCUACGCCUUGUGGUUUCUUUUUGGGCUUCCUCACCACAUUGCUUCUGCGUAUUUCUGUAUACUUGUCUUUUGCUUUGUUUUGUUCUUUUUUGUCGGUAAAAUAGACUGAAACUGUACAAAGACCCUCAAUAUUCCCUUUGGAGGUUCUUGAACGCGCAUAAAAAAAAAAAAUGAAAAACGCGAUGAUUUAUUGACCGCAAGGGCAAUGAGGUGAGGUUAGGGCUCGUUACUGCGCUCCGGUUCACUCGUGCGCUGUCAAAUGGUCCCGAUAUACAAAAUGAAAAAUGACUGCGGACAGACUUUUCACGUCUAGACAUCAAGCAUCUUUUAAGAUGGGACUUAUCCACUCUCCCUGUUCAUGGAGUUGAUUCAAGGUGUUAACGACAAUUUCGUGAUGCCCUGCGUGUUGCCAGGACAUGUCUCAAAAGGGCCUUUCCACAGCAAAGGAGUCCGCCGUCACCUUGUCAACCGUGCGAGAAAUGAUGUACUUUACAAAAACAAAGAGAAGUUAUUAUCGAUUUGCCCCGCUCCCUACCACCGAAAGUCCCCGACAGGACCGCUUCAAAGUACUCCCCACCCCCGGGCCCAAAUGGCUGGACUUGUUCCUGUGGUUGCACAGGGGAUAGGAACAGGUCUAACUAAUUGCACCGUGCAUCAAUGACAGUUUAGCUCAAUCAGAAGCCCCUUUUCCCUGGCUAGGUCAAGGUGUGUGCACCUCCUUUAAGCUGUUUUUUUUUUUCGGUCCUUACUGAAAUUUUUUAUCUUGAGGAAAUUCACAACGACAGGAGCAGGUUAUGGGCUUUUUUCCUACCCCUAAUCCUACAUCUCGGGAAAUCCCUCAGGUUAGGCAAGAAUUCGAUAAUCCUUCCAUAAUCAUCCAUUUUUUCACCGCGUGAAUUGGAUAUUUUUUAGCUUAUUUCGAGGAAAUACUUUUUGUUUCAAAUCCAGGGUGGACUUUUAAACACAUUUUUUAAGCCAAAUGGUUUUUGCGUGAAUCUACUUUCCUGAACUUUUCGAAUAAAAAACGACAAAUACCCGAAAAAAGCUCGUGUUGUUGGUGGUGGUGGCAUAUUUCCGAUAAAUUCAGUUCAAUGUCUCGUGAAGAAGAGUUCAGAUCCGUGCCGUGCGCCUCUUGCGAGGCAACCGUUCUGUCGAAAUGCGAGCCCAAAAACAGGUGGUAAGCGGUCAAUCUGUGAAAAGUAACGCAAUCUCCGUCGUUUGAGAGCAGCCGAAGAUGCUCUUGCCGAUGCUGUCCUUGAUGUUUUUUAUGUCCAGUGUCUAGGAAACCCAUGCUAAGGUAUGAAACAUACACUCGUAGGCAUUGUUCUGUCCGCUUAAGUCUAAUUCCUGGACGCAGAAACGUUGUGCUUUUUGAAGUUUAUUAUUGUGCUUUGCUGUUUGACAACCUUACGUGACUCGUGCGUUUGGUAGCAGAAGAUGGCUAAACUCUGCAUUUCUUGUUGGAAAACGGCUUUAAAUUUUAUCAUAUCGCUCGAUAAACACGUGUUGGUUUCUGAUAGCUGAUAACGUUAAACCACUGUUGCUCAAACUGAUUUCUUAUUGCGUUUUUCUGAGUUUUUAGCAUCGGCCCGCUCAGUCUGGAAAGCUCAAAUUUCGGAGAAGUACUACUUGUAUCUUUUGGCCUCAAGAAAUUUUUUUUUAAGUUGCCCAUAGUUUUGAAAGCAGAUUUUGAAAGAAGAGAUAACGCUCUUUAACGUGGUAUAAGACGCGUUACUGACAUCGAGGUAGCAGUCGACGAUUUGGGGCUUUGAAAUUUGCCAUUUUUCAUUGAGCGAAAACUUUCAAAAUAUUGAAAAUAAUGAAAAUCUCCAAAAUAUUACACUUUCGUUCAAACUGAGUAAAUCACCACUUAAAAUGUGUGCAAUUAUGUACUCUUCUGAAUAAGUUAUUUGUUGUCCGCAUUACCAUGGAUUUGAAUUUUAAAACGAUUUUUUUGUGACACAUGGUCUCGGACCCGGAAAACCCGGUCCGAGAGCCGCGAAACCAAUAACUCCCCCGUACGUGGAAAAUAAUUAUCAGAUCGAAGUAAAAACUACAUUUAUGUUAAUAGCUUACCUAGUGCUACUUUGUGAAUUUUUUGGAGAAUUUUCGAUUUUUCACUUUUGUAGACCUCUGGUCGAUAUUUACUGACAUCCGCUCUUAAUGGUUUGCCUUCUGGAACUACUAACUUAAAGUUUAAUAUGUUUCCUUUUUUAAUAUAUUGAAGGAUAUAAGUGAGUGAUUAUAAUUCAGCCAAAAACCGGAAUAUGGAUGAAAUCAGAGCGAAAGUAUUGGAAUUACAGCGUUCAAGGUUCGCUAUGAGGCAAAACGUAGUUGGUGGUAAUGGGAUUCGAAAAUAUUUUCAGUUUAAUUCAGAUUAAAUUUAGAAUAACUCGAAAGGAUUAUGUAUACUAAAUUUCCUGUUUUUUGGUUGGCUGAAAGGGACACUGGUCAUCAUCAUCCGUCUGCGAUCAUAUAUGGUCAUAUUAACUACGAUAUGGUGAAUGAAUGCGCCAUAACAUCAAGAGUACACCAAAAGACAAACAGCUUGCUCAUUUUCUCUUCAUGAGUAAGCUUAAAACUUAGAGCUGAUUUUUCUCGCGAAGGACAAAAUUGCGACCUAAGAAAAGAUAACUGAAGAUUUAACUGAUAAGUGAAAUGCAAUAAUUUAGAGGAUGCGUCGGUAAAUUUAUUCAAUCUGUAGAUUUAGGGCCUCAAAUUAUCGUAGUCUGGGUUGAAAUCUCGAACGCGCUUCCGAGUUGUGUUAUCAGCUUUCCUCUCCUAAAAGGUCGACUUUUCAAACUCAUCUAGGAUACAGAUAUAUGAUUAUAACCUCCAUGAGCGACGACCUCUAGUAAGCAACCACCUCCGAUAAGCAAUUACCUCUCUAAAACAGUCAAAGCCUUAUAGUUGGAACUUUUAAUGACUUCCUGGAACUACACAUAUCGUAAAAUUGCAUGCAAUAAAUUGUCUUCCAUAAAGUAGACGUGGCCCGACCUCUUCUCGGAGGAGAGCCCUGUGGCUCUCGAUUCUAGUAAGCGAUCCCCUCCCAGAAGGGCCCAAGUCUUCUCAUUUUGGGUCGUUGCUUUCGGGAGGUUCGACUUCGUUUAAUUUAUUUAAGGUGGUUCUAAUUCUUAAUACUGUGGUUACAAAAAUCAAAGAAGUUGUGGUUUUUGUACAAUUAUGAUUAGACUACUGAGAUGAAGCCUUUGCCGCAAGCUAACACAUUCGUUAUGCAUUUCUGCACUUACUACAACGAUACAAUGAUUUCCUGAUCAUGAGAAUGUUGUUGAUACCGAAAUAUAACAUUACAUUUUUCCCCCGUAGUUUUGUCUCUGCUGUCUAGAUAUUUUGACUUUGUACUGAAACUAUCAAAUGUAAAUUCUGGUUAUUUUAUUUUAUUUUUUACAGACGUAUUUUAAUCAACUGCAGUAUCAGACGAAUAAACUGGAAGGUAACACGGCAGACCUUUCUGUGAACCUCAGAAACAAGUUCCAAACAAGAUUUACAGUCACAAAACGACUUAAAGAUAAAGUUGAAGCUUUGUACGCCAAGCCUUCGAAACCCACGACAGCAAAAGAAUGCUGUCAUAUCGACAAAUCCACCCUGAAAUACGAUGAACGUUUCCGCACCAAAGUCGACCUUAACAACAUUUGUUUGAAGAUUGCUAGUGCUGCAACCUCAAACCCGAGACAUUUAGAUGCAGAAGAAAUCUUAAAAGAAAUGAAAGACAUUCAUAUAAAGAACCCCGUUAUUAAGUGGCAGUACUUUGCAUCUGUGGAGGGUGUCUAUACAGGUUUUCCAGUGUUUGACGAUCCAGCCCCAUGUGACUUCUUAGAACAUCGAUACAGACCAUGGUAUGUAGAAAGCGCCACCCCUGAAGCUAAAGAUGUUGUGUUGGUUAUCGACUCAAGUGCGUCUAUGACUGGAAAAAAGUUUACUACUGCUAAAGAAGCAGCAAAGACGGUGUUAGACUCGUUGAAUCCGAAAGAUCAGGUGGGUCCUUAAAAACGUGUUUGACAAUGACUGAGCGAUUUCACGCCGCUAAAUGGACAGGAACCACAACAUGGUCGAUGAUAGUGCAGAUCAUGGAAAUGCCUGAUGGUGUUUCCAUCCCUCUUUCUUGCGCGCGCCGUUUUCUGAGAAAGUUAACUGAAAAUGGGCCUAAAAACCUAUAAAUGGUACUGUAAAAAACAAAUCUACAACAAUUUCCCAUGUUACAGUAGCGGUUUGAAACAAAAGGCCAUAACCGGGAGCGAGCAACUUCCCUGUGCCCAUGCAACAGCGUUUUCACAGACCACCCUAAAGUUUUUUAGAUUGUGUUUCCAGCGAAUUUUGAAUAUCAAAUAAGUCUUACACAUCAGUAAUCUAAAACCGGAGACUAGAAAAAAGUAUUUCUGAUGACUUGAUAGCAUCUACUUCCGUUUGUUAUUAUUGUUUGAAAAUAUCAUUCUUUUAUUGUAAAGUUUCGUCCGGUGCUUCCUUGAUACGUUAAUAUAUUGAUCACCAAAAUGGUAUGUUUUGGUUACUUUUCUUCAAGGUUAAUGUAGUUUCCUUCAACACAGAAGCUUCAACGGAUGGUGGUACUGACAUCACAUCUUGUUUUAGUGAGCGGUUAGCUCUAGCAGUUCCUGAGAAUAAAGAAAGCCUGAAGAAAUACAUUGAUGGACCAAAGUUUAUUGCUGAACGUAAGUUAUGAGUUUUUUUCACUGCUAUCGCGUUUUACCACGGCAAGCUCCCUAGCCUGCGUAGCAGUCGUUUCCGUCCGGUUUCUCUUAGGCCAAGCGCGGCAAGCAGGAAAGACGCGCGAGGCCAAAAAGGAGCAAAAAAGAAGACGAAGGACAGGAGGGGGUUGUGGGGGGCGGACGAAAGGAAACUGUUUCCUUUCCUUCCCCGCCCCUCCCUAUCCGGGUCUUUUUUCCUCUCGCGUCUUUUUGUGCUGGCCCCUCUAGGCCUAAAGGAAACGGAAACGACUUCUACGCAGCCUACAAGCUCCCUUAAGCGGCCAUUUAACCCCUACAGUGGACACUUAUGAGAACAAUUCUCUUAAGCGGCCAGCUCCAGUAACGUACGCCUUUUUCGCGUUCUGAGGUUGUCCGAGGUUGUCCGCUUACGAGAUUUUUCUCCGUAGUAGCCUACAACGUUUGGAUAGCCAUAUGACCGAGUAGCGUCAUCAAGGUCCAACUGUUGCUGUCCUACUAGGAAUCCUGAUCAUCAGCAACCUGCACCGGACAGCGACAUGGCUGGACACAAACGUAAUCUGCUGUCCAUAUAAAUGACUGCAGAGUAUAUCAUUUCCCCUCUCAAGCUAGAUUCUGGUUGUUGAUUCAGCGGUCCUGUCUGUGGUUGAAAUGGAGACUGUCCAUACCCUCUCUAGGUUUCCCAUAACUCGGAAGAAAAACGACAAAUAGGGAGCGAUAUAAGCGCCAGCGAAAAGCCUGAUGGGGGUUGAGAUCGAGACCCACUUCACCCCAUAAUCUGCUUACUCCCCUCCAGUUGGCAUUUUUAACAAACAGAAUUACGAGAAAUAUUUGUACCAGUAUUUUUUUAUUUUUUAUUCAAGACAUUUAUUACUCUAAUUAUAGAGAACUAAUUAAAAAAAAGAAACUAAUUACAAUAUUCUAAACAACCACAAUAACAGACAUACUUACAAUUAUCUACAUUUCACAGUUUUAUGCAUUAUAGCAAAAAACAGCCGCGCAAUUGCUGAAUGGGGCUUAUUUUACAAGGAGUUAAUUAAUACUUAAUUAUGUGGAUAAAAGAGAAAUUAACACUUACUUACAGUACACUCUGAAAUAAAACAAAAACAACAACAACAACAAAAAAAAAACACAAAAAAAAACAAUACAGAAAAAGAAGUAUCUAAUAAAGGAUUACAUGUUAAUAACUAUAAACGCCUGUUUUCAAGGCACCGCCCCCACUUGCAUUAAGGAACUCGUUAAAAUGAGAGACAACAAGUACGAUUUAAGGGGCAAUAAUACGCUAUCACUGCCAAAAGUAAAUACUACAAAGUAUGGAUUAAACUCCUUCAGAUAUUUCGCCGCAAAACAAUGGAACAGUACUCCAAACGAAUUACGAUUAAGAGCUGGAGGACUAGAAUUUAACAAACAAGUGAGGAACAUUCACUUUUAGUUAUCUAAUUUUGUAAUUUUAGAUGCUAGAUAUUUUAUAUUUUUACACUUCUAUGUACAUAUUUUCUUUCUUUCGUUCUUAAUAUUGAUUUGUGGAAAACCUGCAAAAUAGCUUUAGCUAAGUGUUUCUCCCACGUUAAAUAAAGAUUAUGUUAUGUUAUGUUAUGUUAUUUUAAUUUCAUGCACACGAACUUUCUUUUGGCCAUUUUUCAUAAAAGGUUUCUAAUUUAUUAUUCUUAGCGGAAAUAUAUUUUUCAACUUGGUAUUUAAUUAUUUUGUUUUUUUUAAAUUUAAUUAAAACACUUUCAAUUACAAAGUACUUACUUACACUACUUACUUACAAACAAUGUAUGGUACUUACGCUAGUAACAAAACCAUACUCUACUUACAAAACAAUACUUACUUACAAUGUGAGAUACUUACGCUACUAACAAUACUAUACUCUACUUACAAUACAGAACUUGCAAUACUUCCUUAGAAUUAGAUACUUACACUACCAACAAUGAGAUACUUACACUACUAACAGUGCCAUACUCCACAGCUACUUGCAUUACUUACAAUACGGAUUACAUACGCUACAAAAACCAGAAAAAAAAGGGGAGGCGGGGAUGUAUGGUAAAUUUUAGUUAACUGUAGUUCUAACUCAAAGGAGAAAAAAGAGGUUAAAGAUAUUUUCUCUGCUGAUUCACUGAAAUUUAGCUUUAUAUACUUUGAAAGUUGAAGCGAGGAAAAUACGGGAAGGGAAUGUCUGGUAGGAAGGAAAGAGUAAAAAGAGCGAGAGACUCCAAACUGGUAAAAGGUUACUAAAGAGAGAAAGGUUCAAUUUCUUUAUUAUAUUGUUUUAAAAACGGCUUAAAAUUUUCAAUAGUUGGAAUAUUUUCUUUGCUUCUGCAAAGCCAAAUGUAGAAUCUUGCAAGUAACAGAACGAAGUUAAUUGCGGCUUUGUUUUUGGAAGUAUCAGGCAUCAGACCCAAGACGACAAGACUGUUGAGGAGAUAGUCUUUGGAUAAAAGUUUACGAUCCUUUAGAAAAGCAAUAAGGUGUUUCCAGAAAAGUUCUAUUUUGCUGCAGAACCAAAAAAGAUACGUGAAGUUUUCAGCUUCCUCAUGGCAAAAUGAACGCGUAAUGUCAUCUUUGUAUCCCAUUUUGACUAAAGAUACGUUUGUUGCCAAAGUUUGAUGAAGGAAUCUAAAUUGAAAUUCAAUCAGUUUGCUUUUGGUACAUUUAAAAGCGGUCAUAUAUGCGUUAUGCCAGAUUAGAACACGAGCUUCUGGGAAAACUUUGCUCUAUUUCUCCUGACUAGAAAUUUUAUAGUUACAUUCUAAUUCCACCAGUUUUUGAUAAGCUAGUCUGCUGGGCUUUUGCGAUUUUAAAAAGGCGGUUGUGAAAGACUCUUGUUCUUUACAGUUUAGUGGUACAGUUGGUAGUUUUUGAUUUUUCCAGAGCUCUCGGAGGGUAGAUGUCAUUCCAUAGAAUGUCGAAGGGCAAACCUUUGUAUGAUACUUUCUUUCAAAUUCUGUUGGCGGCUAGAAAGUACUUGGUUGUUCCUUAACGAUUUGAUUCACCUGAGAAAUGUCGAUCAUUCUAAGUCCUCCGUUGCCUUAAUUUUGUGUGAUAACGUUUCUCUUGAUUUUAUCGCCUUUACUGUUCCAAAGGAAGUCAAAAAAGAGGUCGUUUAAUUGUUUUAUAAUUUGAGAAUUGAUUUGAAGAGGCGACAAAAGAUGAAUUACUUGGGAGGCAGCCAAACUCUUAAGAACUGUUAUUUUCCCGAUAAGGCUUAGUCUUCGAACUGACCAGCACCCCAAGCAGUUCCGCAUUUUUUCUAUUUUUUUCGACGAAGUUAAGUUUGAUUGUAGUUUCAGGGUCAGUUGAUAGCCAAACUCCGAGCGCUUUAACCUUUUUAUUUUGCCAGUUGAAAUCUUUUUCUGGGUGUAGUUUUUCACUUUUGCCAGCACAAGAGCCUAUCCAAAGAGCCUCAGUCUUUUUACUGUUUAGUCUGAGACCUGAAACUUUCUCGAAGCUUUCUAAGAUCCUUAGGGCUUCAGAGAGGGACUUUUCUGAACCGUCAAGAAUUAAAGUUGUGUCGUCAGCAUAUUGACUUAAUUUAAUCUCAGUAUCCUUAACUAAUAAACCUUUUAUGUCUGCAUUUUUUCGGAUUGCUUUGGCCAGAAUUUCGGCUGAAAGAAUAAAAAUGUAAGGAGAGAGAGGACAGCCUUGGCGGACACCCCUGUGGACCGAAAAGAAGUUGCUUGCCCAACCGUUGUUCAUAAUACAGCUUUCAGUGUUGUUAUAAAAGGUUUUAAACCAUUGGACAAAGGAAGGGCCAAAUCCGAAAGAAAUAAGUGCUUUUUGUUUAAAAGACCAUUCCAGUGUGUCAAACGCUUUCUCAAAGUCAAGGAAAAGUAGAAGUCCAGGAAUAUUUUUAGUAGCGGUGUAAUUAACAAUGCUGUCAAUUAAACGUAUGUUCUCUCCUAUAAACCGUCCUUUUAAAAAACCAGUCUGGUCAUUGUUUAUCAGUUUGUGGAGAUGGGUCUUCAGGGGGUUCGCAAUCACUUUUGUAGCUAUCUUGUAAUCGCAGUUUAAGAGUGUAAGCGGCCUCCAGUUUUUGAUAUAGUAAAGUUCUUCGCUCUUUUUGGGAAUAAGUUUUAUUAUACCUUGUUUCUGAGAUAUAGACAGCUGGCCGAUCUCGAAAUCCUAAUUUAAAGCUUUUAGCAGAGGUUUCGAAACAUCACUCCAAAAAGAUUGGUAAAAUUCAGAAGGCAAGCCAUCUGUUCCCGGGCUUUUGUCUGGUUCCAUAUCUUUCAAAGCAUUGAGACAUUCCAAUUCAGUUAACAAACCUUCAAUGGAAUCGCGUUCUUCGUUGCUUAAAACGGUGUCGUUCUCUGAGAAAAAAUAGUCAGUUUCUGGAAGAAUCGAGUCAGUUUUCAUCUCAGAAAAAUAGAGAUCCUUGAAGAAAGACUCGCAUUCAUGAAGGAUUUCCUUAUCCGUGGCUGCAAAGUCGUUUUCACUUUUCUUUCAGCGACUAAUUGCUCCCUGUUUGUAGUGUCGUUUUUCUAGAAAGUAUUUUGUGAUUUUUUCUUCUUCAUUAUGCCACCGGGUUCUCGACCGUAACAUGGCACCCCUUGUACGAUACUCAAUAAUUUCUUCCAUCUCACUUCUAAGAUUAUCAAGUUUUGACUGUAGCAGCGAUUUUUGUGUGUCGCUUAGGGCAUUGUUUUCAUCCAAUUCUUUCUCCAAACCUGAUAUUUCUUUGUAAAGGAUAUCCUUACGGGACUUAGUUUUGUAGUUUUUAGCUGCUGCAUAUGCAAUCGAUUUUUCUCUUACUUUCAUCUUGAUCAUUUCCCAGAGCAGGGCCGGAUUAACCGAGUUGUCAGACUGGUAUUCGCUUUUUGUUUGGUAAAUAGUUGCUUUGAUUAAGUUCAAAUAUUCCUCCUCUUUCAAGAGCGAUGUGUUUAGCUUCCAAAAGCCUCUUCCUCUUGGGUUGUAGUG